GUUCUGGAACUUUGGACCUAGACCGUAUGUGUAAAAAUGUGUAAGUGUGCGUCCGUAUGUGUACCUGCAGACCGAGUGCGGAAGAUGAGUCAGAAUGAAGGGUCUCGUGAGUCGGCUCAGUAUUAUGCAUUUGAUAGAAUAAAAGCUAAAAGAGAAUGAGAGGCCUGGAAGUCAAAUACUAUAGAAAAGUGGAAGAGCCAUGUUGUCUAGUUCAUUUGAAUUACCGUGAGUUGUUACAAAUCAAUAUCGUUGACGCCAGAAAUGUCUGUCAACAAAACCGAAAAUCACAGAACACGCAUGACACAAAUAAUUCAAGAUCAUGAAUUUCUAGCAAACAAUUUGGUCUGUUCAUUAUGAAAAUUGCAUGAAACUACCAGAAAGUUUGUUUACUUAUUUCUGGCACAGAUUUCUUGUUUACCCGAAGUUGGCUGAUUUCCUUGGGUAAAAAGAAAUGGAGUCUAUGCUGGGAAAAGCACAGAUCUAACUUAAUUUACUCUUGUAGUUUCUGAUUACAUAAUUAUUUGCAUAUUUAUGCUUAGGUAGAAAGGGCAGAUACUCGUUAUCUUUAUUGAUAUACAGGCUGAUUAUCUGGCAAGAGAAUAUACUGUGUGAGAUCUGGAGAAGGGAAGUCGGCAUGGAGUAUGAUUUUCGCACGGGGGGCAGUAAUCCCUAGGUCAAUUCUUGUCAUAAACAAUUGCAGAGUGCUACUGGCACAGUGUCCCUCUAUCCUUCCUGGAAGUGUGAACCAGCAGUCUUGGUGUUCCAGGGAGCCGCUGUUGCCGCCGCCACCAGCACGCGUAGCCUGCGGAGGAAGCUCCCAGACUCCCCGGCCAAGAUGGCUGCCCAGACUGCCUUGGCGCCUCCCCUAGACCAGACGCAGAAGGCGGAGGGGGACGCCGGCACAACGGACAGGCCGAGAGGAUCGUCUGCCAGCCCUCCUCGCCUCAAGGAGGAAGCACACUGCUCCUCCGAUGUCCAGUGCCCUGCUUGCACUGACGUCCUGCCCAACCUUAGCCUUGCGAAGGAACACUUCAAGAAGGUCCAUUCUGACCUCAAGGCCGUAAGGUGUGCUGUGUGCAAUGAGGACGUAAAGGGGAGGUUUAUGGGCUACCUCAGCCACCUGAGGACCCGCCAUAAAGACAGAAGCUUGGCAGAGGCGGCACAGGAUGGCGAGGUAAGGGCAGCCCGGGGGCAGGCGGAGGAUGGCGCUAAGAGCCGUGAGUGCAAAGUGUGCCACAAGAAAGUUCGGGCAUCACUUUUCGCUCGGCACGUCGCCAAGCACAAACGCGUCCCGUGCCCGGAGUGCAAGACGCUCCUGGCCCCGCACUGCCUCAAGAGGCACAUCAACGACUGCCACACCAAGAAGAUCUCCUACCCGUGCCCCGAGUGCCCCGCCGUCUUCCACGACGCCUCUAAUCUGCUCAGCCACCGCAAGAGGAAUCACCUGGGGCAGGCGGCCCGAAGGCACCUGUGUGAAGUGUGCGGGAAGAAGUUCGUGAUGCCGUCUGACCUGCGCACGCAUGUCGCCGGCGUCCACCACAACGUGAGGAAAUUUGUGUGCGAGUUUUGCGGCCUCAGGUUCAAGAUCUCGUCGCAGCUCACCUACCACCGGCGGAUGCACACGGGCGAGAAGCCGCACGUGUGCCAGGUGUGCGAGCAGUGCUUCGCUAAGCCCAACGUGCUGGCCAAGCACAUGCGGCGGGUGCACCGGCAGGAGUACCAAGGGAAGUACAGGAAGAGGCUGCAGGCGUCCGAGGCCCAACCAGCGAAGAGCGAGAGCGCGGCGCGACACGCUCCUGCGCUGCCCAAAAAGGACGACCUGAUGCUCGAGUUCGUUCACGUUGACCAGGUUGUGGAGCGGCUGGAGGACGUGGUGGCAGGCGGGCCCGUCCCCCCGGUGGCGCAAGGGGUGUCCCGGGUGGGCGACGGGGACGGCAGGAUGGUGGUUGCUCCUAUCUACUCCCUGACGGAGGACGGCGUAGAGCCGAUGGCCGCCCCUCCCGCGGGUGUGCCCAUUGCGGGAGCCUCCCGAACCAUCCACGGCGUCGGGUACUUCCGCGCAGACGAUCGGUCUUCGUCCCCGCGGGCGUCCUACGAUCCCCUCACGUCCUCAGCCGCCGCCGCCCCCCCGCCCCUUCCACCACACCCACAUCCGCGUCUUCCUCCGCCUCCAUCCUAUCCUCCUCCGGCGCUCAGCCGAUCCACACGAUUCCCUACUUCCGUCCCUCCGCAACCGAAGAGCAAUACAUCGUGGCCGAACUCCUCCCGACGCCCGAUGCCUCCGGCGCGCGCCAGGAGCUCCGCCUCGACGCCCUCCACCGCGCCUACGCGGCGCCCGCGCAGCCAGGGAACCACCAGCACCAUUAGGGGCGGUCGAGCAGGCAGACGUUCAUUUCUCAAUCGAUCGAUGGAGAUAAAGAAUUGAUAACAGGGGGGAAAGAGCAAGCAGGUAGAAAGAGGCAGGUAGAGAG